AUCCCAAGAUGGCGAUCUUCAGUGUGUACAUAUUGAACAGAGCCGGUGGACUAAUCUACCAUUUCGACCACUACACACCGAAAAGCGAGGUGGAAAAGACAUACAGCUACCCUCUAGAAAUAACACUACGCGGAGAUGAUAAACUAGAGGUGAUAUUUGGCGCGAGAGACAACGUAAAAGUUGGUCACUCCCUACUAGCAAUAAACGGCGAGAAUGUUGUGGGUCGAAAACUUCCUGAUGGUACGGAUGUCAUGGAAUUCCUCGCUAAUAAGGAGAACUAUCCAAUAUCACUCAAGUUUGGACGAGCCAAGCUGAAGACUAAUGAGCGUAUCAUGCUUGCUAGCAUGUUCCAUCCGUUAUUUGCCAUAGCAGCAAAGCUUUCCCCAGAGCAGAGGUCAUCUGGUAUUGAGGUGCUCGAGGCAGACUCUUUCAAACUACACUGCUUUCAAUCAAUGACAGGUCUUAAAUUUAUCGUCCUUACUGAUCCAAGACAAGUGGGCAUGGAUGGCCUCUUGAAGAAAAUCUAUGAACUGUAUGGAGAUUUUGCCCUGAAAAACCCAUUUUACUCCUUAGACAUGCCUAUUAGGUGUGAAUUAUUUGAUUUAAAUUUACAAAAAGCUCUAGAUCAAGCGGCAGAGAAGUCUGGGUUAUAUUCAAGUAAUCCUUCAUUGAGCUGAAUAAAGAGACUUAAUGCAGACAUAUUAACUGUCACAUAUCAAAGGGGAAACCCAAUUAUUGCUAAUUGUAGUAUGGUCCUACCAUUAUCUGGGAGUAUCGUAAAAAUAUGUAAAUACAGGACAAAAUAUAUAACCAGAGCUCAAUUUUACCAUUUUUGCUAGCUUGCCAAGAUUAACUAAAAAUGAGAAAUUUAGAAGAGUUUAGUAUUGUUUUUUUUUCUUCAAAAUGUUUUGGCACUAUAUGUUGGUGGAAGCAGGGGUGGCCUAGUGUGUUA